AUGUUCUUGUUCUCUCCUGCACAGGAUGCGGCCAAGCUCAACAGCCUCCACGAGGCCGCUCUGCUGAGCCUUCUCCACACUCGUUUCUCCAACGACGACAUCUACACGUACACGGGGGACGUACUCAUCUCCGUCAACCCGUACAAGACCAUCCCUCUGCUGUACUCGAUGCCCCACGACAACUCCGACGCCAUCAAGCGCAGGGUUACCGCCGGCGUGGGGAGGCUGUCCGAGAUCGAGAGACUCUGCGCUAACGGCGGCGGCGGUGCUGAAGACGGCUCCGAAGACAGCGACUGCGACGACGGCUCCCAACACCAGCGCGGGAGCUACGACACGCGAGGGAGCGACAUGGGCGGGGUCUGGGGGGCGGGCGGUGGCGGCAACCAUUCGUCCUUUCGAGACCCCCGGGGGAGCGGGGGCGGGGCAAGCGUGACGUUUAGCGAGGGCGGUGGCGGAUUCCGCCCCGCCGGCGGUGGCGGCGGCGGGCGUGGCGGGCACCCUGGGGAGAGCAAGAGCGAUUCGGUUCUGGACCACCCCCACGUGUACGCGGUGGCGGACAAAGCGCACCGUUUCAUGACGAACCCUACCGCGGGGAGACUGUCCGGCGGCGUCGCGGGAGCGAGGAAGCGGGACCAGAGCAUCAUCAUCACGGGAGAGAGCGGCGCCGGGAAGACGGAGGCCGCCAAGUACGUGAUGAAGUACCUUAUCGCCGCAUCCAAGGCCGUCACCGCCGAAGCCGAGAACGGGGAACCCGCAGACGGCAGCAGCAAGAAGGGGGGGGAGGGGGGGUCGUCGCGGGCGGCGCUGGCUGCUGCGGCGGCCGCCGCGGACACGGCGAGCGACAUGGAGAGGCGGCUGCUGGAAUCCACGGUGGUGUUGGAGGCGUUCGGUAACGCCAAGACGGUCCGCAACGACAACUCCUCUCGAUUCGGCAAGUACAUCAAGCUGCAGUACGGCGCGGACUGGAAGCUGGGCGGCGCCCGGACGCUGCCCUUCCUGCUUGAGAAGAGCCGCCUGGUGCACCAGGAGCACAACGAGAGGAACUACCACGUCUUCUACCAGCUGUGCAAGGGGGUGCCGGACGAGCUUCGCCAGAGCCUGGGCGUCGCCGAUGCCCCGGACUUCGAGAUGCUUCGGAAGGGAGGCGUGUUCAUGCAGAGCGAUGAGGUGGAUGAUGCCGAGGAGUUCCACUGCCUGGCCUCCGCGCUGUCCACCCUGGGAGUGACCUCGGAAGAACAGGAGGGGCUCUGGCGGCUCCUCGCGGCCUUGCUGCACCUGGGAAACAUUAUUUUCUGGGAGACCGACGGCGACGGCGGUGACGGCGACAAUGAUGGAGGCGACGGGGGUGGGUCGGGGCUACGUCUGGAGAGUCCCCUGCUGGCGCUGGAGGACGUGGCGAGCAUGGCCGGGCUGCCCGCAGACCGCCUCGUGUCCUCCAUGCGCAAGAAGGUCGCGAUGACGGGGAGGGGGAGCUUCCUGGAGAUCCCGCUGAACCCUACCCAGGCCAGGGACAACCGCAACGGCCUCGUCAAGCACGUCUACGGGCAGGUUUUCAACUGGCUCGUGGGCAAGAUCAACGAGGCCCACAGGUCUGGAGGUGGCGCUGACAUGGCGGACACGAUCGCUUUCGUGGGCAUCCUCGAUAUCUUCGGGUUCGAGAUCAUGGUACGCAACAGCUUCGAGCAGCUGUGCAUCAACUUCGCGAACGAGGUGCUGCAGCAGCAGUUCAACAGCCACGUCUUCGUCCUCGAGCAGGAGGAGUACGAGAAGGAAGGGCUGGACUGGACGAUGAUCGACUUCCAGGACAAUCAGCCGGUAAUCGACCUCGUUUCUAAGAAGCCCCGCGGCCUCCUCAUCCAGCUCGAAGAGCAGGGGCUGCUUGGACGUAGGGCCAACAACAAGGCCCUCUUGCAGCUGUACCACAACACCCACCUGACCAAGAGCGCGUGCUACUCCAAGCCUCGCUUCGACUCGACCGAGUUCAUCGUGCUGCACUUUGCGGGAGAGGUGGUGUACGACAUCGAGGGUUUCUUGGAGAAGAACAACGACUCCCUCCACGACAAUCUCCUGGACCUGCUGGACACCACGGUCGACCCCUUCCUCCGCCGUGUCGUGGAGUUUGUCGAUCCCGAGGCUGGGAUGGAGCCCGCCGCUUUCAACAGCAACGCUGCCUUUGGAAACCCCUUGUCCCCAGCCGUCUCCCCGAUGCGGCAAGCAGCGGCGGCGUACUCCCCGACGUCGCCGAUGUCCCCGGCGUCCCCCGUCAGAACGCCUUCGGCGGCGGGCGGGGUGGCGGCGGCUACCGGGCGGUCGCCGCCCCCCUGGGCUAGCGGGGGUGCCGGUGCAGGUGCCGGCGGCGGCGGUGGUAACCUGAAGACCUUUUCUUUCGAGGAUCAGCGGCGGGGCGGCGGUGAUCCCGGGUCGUCCCCCGGGGCUGUCGGCGGCGGAUCCCCGGCUACCGCGCUCCGCUCCGUAGGCAGACAGGAGAGUCGCAAGCCGCGCAGCGCCGCUUCCGGCGGCGCGAGGGUUUCCCAGAUGUCGUCGACCGUGACCGUGUCCAAGGCUUUCCGGGGACAGCUGCAGAACCUCAUGGCCACCCUGCGCGCCACCGAGCCGCACUACAUCAAGUGCAUCAAGCCCAACAAUGUCAAGGCCCCAGGAGGCUUCAGCGCGCACUUGGUGCACCAGCAGCUGAACUACUCGGGAGUGCUGGAGGUGGUCCGCAUCCGCAGGGAGGCGUAUCCCGGGCGCACGCCGUUCCUGGAGUUCUUCGAGAGGUUCGAGCUGUUGCAGCGGCAGCUGACGAGGGCGUCUGUCGACGGCGGCGGGGAGGGGGGCGCCGCUUUCCUUCCUUCGGCCGCCCACGCCACCGAGGAGGAGGCGAAGGAGGGUUGCCGCACCAUCCUGGGGGCCUUCUUGCCCGAGAAGUUCUACCAGAUCGGGCACACGCGGGUUUUCCUGAAGGAAGAGGGCCAGGACAUGCUUCGCUCGUGCAUGCGGAACGUCUACCACCGAAAGGCGGCCCUCAUCCAGGCCUGCGUCCGCGCGAUGCAGGGCUCGAUGAAGCUUAAAGAGAAGAAGGCCGCCGCCAUCGUCAUACACGCCGCCGCUCGCCGUUUCAUUCUCAGGAACCGCUACAGGAGGGUGCUGUCAAAGGUCUUGCUGCUGCAGCGCUGGUACCGGAGCCGGAUGAUCCGACACAAGUACAAGGGAUGUAUCGCCUCGGCCGUUGUUAUCCAGAAGCGGGUCCGCGGCAUGCAGGCCCGGGAGUUCCGCCUGCUCCAAGAGGUUGCCGCGAUCACCAUCCAGAGGCACGCCCGCGGCAUGGAGGGGAGGAGGUAUGCCGGCCAGAUGCUGAUUGAGCUGUGGAUGGAGGAGGAAGAGAACAAGAGGAAGGCCGAGGAGUUCAGGAUAAGGAGGCGAGUUUUGGCGGCGGCCAUAAUCCGCUCCUGGGUGCGGCGGAUGGUGCAGAAGUACGGCCUCAAGGCGCAAAGGGUGGCGGUCGCCCGGAUCCAGCGGGCUUGGCUUCGCCGCGCUCGCAACCGCUGGCUGGAGGAGAGGGUGGGGCGUGUGUUCGCCAUCGCUCGGUCUGGAGACGUGGACGGCAUGAUGCGGGAGCUUCGGCACAACCCGGACGUGCUGUUCAUGCGCGACAGGCACGACCGUUUCAAGACGCUGCUGCACCUCGCCGCGACCAGCGGCAGCACUUCCCUCCUGUCUCUGCUCGACCCACUCCCCGAAGACGUCCUCGUCCUCGACAGCGACGGCUGCACGCCCCUGCACCACGCCGCCGCGUCCAGCAAGUACGACGUCGUGAAGUUCCUGGCCUCCAGAGCCAACGGGAGGGUGGGUCACCUUAUGGGAAUAACAAGAGUGCACGCUCCGGCGCGUAUCAAGACGGACUCCGUGGACGCCUAUAUGCAGGAGACGCGCGCCACGAAGCGCAUCAGUAUGCGAAUCAUCCAGGAGGCGCGCCAGAGGGCGGGGGUGACCACCGUGAGGACUGGGGGUGUGCUGGGGACUCUGGCGGGAGGCGCGGCGGCCGUUCGCGGCCUGGCUUCGAAGAAGACCAUGAACACCUCUAUGCCCGCCAUGACGACCAGCAAGCCGGUGUUCCAGGGUUUCCUGAUGAAGAGGCGAGAGACGGGCAACUGGCAGAAGCGGUGGUGCGUUCUAACGGAGAGGGACAUGGAAUACUACCACUCCCGUCAGGACCACGUGAAGGGCAAGCGGCCGGCCAAGAGCGUAUCCCUCGCAUCCGCUCUCCUCAAGAAGAGCGGCCCGCCGCCGGCCCUUCCCCCUCGGCCGGGUGCAGAACCGAGCGGCGGCGGCGGGAUUGGUGUCGGUUCGCUCGGCCUCGGCCCUACCAGCAUCAGCGGUGGGUUCGGCAGCAACGGCAGCAGCGGGACCGGGGGAUUCGGCAGCAACGGCAGCAGUGGUGUACCUAAGGCGGCAUUUCCCCCUGUGUCGCCCCGUGUGGGGCCGGGGGCGGCGGUUGGGGCCAAGGGGAAGGGGAAGGAGAAGUCGGCGCCUGACCUGGCUCACUGCUUCGAGCUGCACUCGGGGAAGCUGCUGGGGGACAAGCGUAACCGUGAGGGCCGUCUGUACUUCAAGGCGUCGAGCGAAGAGGAGCUGUACUCGUGGAUGGUUCCUCUCAGGGUCCUGGUCGGAAGCCACAACCUAGUCCGCACCGGGGCCGCGGGUUCGAUGUGCUACGUCGACGUCGCCCGGAGGGUGGAGCUCGUCAACAUGCGCAACAGGGCGGGCGAGACGCCCCUGCACUACUCGGCCAAGGGCGAGGGCAAGGCGGAGAGGGACGCCAUUGGCAGGGUGCAGAUCGCCACUUGGCUGGUUGAGAACGGUUCGGAGGUGAACGCGGCGGACAAGGGCGGCUCGACCGCCCUCCACUUGGCCAUCCGUCGAGGACACGUCCCCCUCGCGGCUGCCCUAGUGAGGCGAGGCGGAGACCUUACCGUGGUGGACAGGCAUGGCCGUAGCCCCCUGGAGCUUGUCAAUCGUGACCAGGACGUUGAGGACAUCGCCGUGGGACACUUCAAGGCCGCGGAGAGGAGCCCGAUGCUGGCCCCUCCCGUGAAGCUGUCGUCGCUGACGUACCUGUCUUUCCACCUGGAGAGGCUGGUGAUGCACAGCACGGCCGACCUCCAGUCGCCCUUCAUCACCGUCUCCGUGCACGACUCGAGGGGACGCAGGGUGGAGGCCGCCCAGGACGCGAGCGCGCCGGUGGUCCGCCGCCCGAGCUACCUGUGGUGGUCCGCCUCCUACCACAUGCAGAACCCGGUCGAGAACCUCGAGCCCGGCACGCGGCUGGUGUUCACCGUCAAGGACCAGAGCACGGAGGUGGUGCCGACCGGCCGGCGAGGGGUCGCCGGGAGCGGGGACGUGCGGGAGCUGGGGUGGGGCAUGAUCCAUGUGAACAAGAGCACCAUGAGCUCCCAGGAGGUGAGCAUGGAGAUGUACCAAGCCCCGGUGGACCUGUCGCAAAAGGCUCUCGUUCCCAUCGAUAUGUUCUUAUCGGGCUACGUUACCCUGACAACCGCACAAGUUGACAUGGAUGCCGCAGCAGCACGGCGGUCGUGACCUUUGGCGUGAAGCAUGGCGAGGUUUUCCAACGAAUAGGGGGGCGUGCAGAAUGGACUGGAUGGGGUGCCGUGUUGCCCAAGAAGAGAGAUGAUGUUAUGUUGGACGUGUUAUUGCUUGCUUGCGUGUUCAGGUGUUGGUCCAUUUUUCCACUGAGAGAGGGGCCGUUUUUUUUUUUUGUCUUGGUGGGCAUCGGUGCGCUAUGUUUUGAGCUCGGGUCCUUGGGGUUUUGGCCAAAGAGGUCGC